AUGUCGUCGUCCGAGGCCGAAGCCGAAGCCGACCUCAUCCGACAGAAGAAGGAGCACAUGAAGAUGCGCAACUUUAUGAAGAAGCAGCGCAUGCGCGAGCGCUACGACGCUGAGAAAGCGGCGCUCCAGAAGCAGGUCGACGCCCUCGGCGCCUCGCUCGCCUCGCUCUCGUCGCCCGGCGCCGCCGCCGCCCGUGCACUCCUUAAACAGCUGCGCGCCGACUGCCGCAGCGCGCGCGAGCUCAGCCAAACCAUGGCAUCCUGGGUCGCAACCAUGUGCAACCGUAGUCUGCCGAUGCCGGGCACGCCGUUUGGCUGGACCGAGACGUCACUUUUGGCCGACCCGACAGCGCGCAAGCUGGGCCUGGACUGGUUCAGCCAGCACCUGUACCACAACACGGAGCGCAUGCUGGCGUGUGCGCAGAUGCCAAGUGUUGGGACGUUCAUCGACAGUAUCUUUCUGGAGGUUGGUGACGGCUUUUGCGACAUUAUCGCGCGCCUGCAAAUCGAGUACGAGCUGCCGCUGCACGAGGCCCAUGCUGCGCUGCGCCCGCACAUGUGGUCGAAAUUCCGCGGCGACACGGCACCUUUCUUCUCCGAGCUUCUCGACCACGAGAUGACCACUGCAAUCGCACCGGACCAAAUGAUCUAUCGACGCUCUGUGCUUGACGAGAACGAGUCAAUGUACUGUGUGUGCCGCGAGUUUGCAUCCGAGGACCGCGUUGUCUAUCUCAUGGGCAACUUCACGCAGGACGAACGGCUGCCGCACUGCAGUCGGUCUCGACCCCGCCUGUUUUGGUACAUCCUCGAGCGCACGGGCCAAAACACGUCCCGACUACGAGCAAUGCUCUACAACGCGCCGUACCAGUUUUUCGGCCACAGGCAACGAAUGCGCGAGCACCUCGCGACAAGGAUGGAGACAAGUGGUAUCGACGACGACGCGCUGUUUUCCAUCUACCAAGACGCGGUGCGCAAGGAGAUUGCGCCCGCGUUGCGCGAAGGAAUGAUAGCGCUCCGCAUCGAGUAGCGCCAAUGCAC